GAGACGCUUAGUUGAAGGGAAGAUGGCAUUCCUUAGCGAACAGAGCUACAAAGAUGCCAUCGACGAGUGUCACAGUUACAAUGCCCGUCUAUGUGCCGAGCGCCAUCAACGCCUGCCCUUCCUGGACUCUCAGACCGGAGUGGCCCAGAGUAACAGUUACAUCUGGAUGGAAAAGCAACAUCGUGGUCCGGGACUGGCGCCGGGUCAGUGCUAUUCCUAUCCUUCUCGGCGUUGGCAGAAAAAACGCCAGGCCCACCUUCUUGAAGACAUCACGCUCUUCUUGGCAUCCACCAAACCAGACGCGGAGGGGAUUCUGAAGAAAAAGGGCCUAAUUGCUCAGGCUAGAAACAGCCCGAGGGCCCUGGUUCGCACUAACAUCCUAGGGAAGCAAGAUGCCGGGGCUGAUGAUGAUCGCCUGGGCGGGUCUCAGGUGACCACCAGCGGGGCAAGGAAACAGACCCUGGAGUUCCAGGAUGAAGAUGAGGUCUGGGUGGCUGACCACGAGGAAGAUAAACCCAAGCAGGGCAGGGGCAAAGCCAAGGCUAAAGGUGUGAGUAGCAACCUCCAGGAGAAAGAUCAUUCAAGAAGAGUGAGCUUCAGGAGAUGUCGGAUAAGGAGCCUGUUUUUUAACUCUACUCAAAGUCAGCCUCCAGCAUCCCCCUUAUGCUCUUCCUCUUCCUGACCUAGACAUGCAGUCCUAAAGUGAAUUGGAAUCCAGUAAGCCCCAAUCCAAUGCCCCUAAGUUCCUGGGUCACAGAUGAGUCACUAGAAACCCCUCCUCCCCUCAGAUACUUGCUAGCAACUGAUAACGGCUCAAUGCUUCUGAUUCCUCAGGCUUCUGCCAGCUGAAGCUGGCAGGGGAGAGGGGCAGAGCACGGAAGCAAUACGUAGCAGUGCUCUCUGGGGAACCUUUCCUGCUUGGCCCUAAGGGAGGACUUAUCUCACUGUUGCAUUGGAGUAGAAGUGUCUUUUUUUAAGUUCGUGUACUCC